CAAAUUUGUAGGUUAGAAUUGGAGUGCAAGGAUGCUAAUCUAUUUAAAACUCUUAUUUAUUUAUUGGAUAGAGCAAACAAUACAAUAGUCGGUAAAGAAAAAACAGGCUAAUUUUUCAAAUCCAAUCAAAUUUUAUUCACCAAUUAGCCAACAACCGUUUUACAUGAAAAUUAAUAAAUAAUUUGUAGUUAAAUAAUGUGACCUGUGGGGUGCCCCAGGGCUCUGUGCUGGGGCCCUUAUUGUUCCUGAUCAUGAUAAACGAUGUCGCUCUCUCCAGAAACAGGACAGUGGUAUGCUAUGCUGAUGAUACCUCAUUAUUGGACAUCAAUGGGGACUUGGCUGACCUGCAUGAACUGAUGCAGGCUUCAGAGGGGACCGUGGCUGACUGGUUCCGAGCAAAUAGAUUUUUGCUUAACAGCAAGAAGACUCAGUCCAUUGUGUUCAGCCUCAAGAAUGGUGAUCAGUUCAACUUCCCCUCGGUGAAGCUCUUGGGCUUUACAAUGGAUCGUAAGCUUGCUUGGGGAGAUCACAUUCAGGGUGUCUGUUGCAGGCUCAAUAGAGUGCUGUUCCUGCUGAGGAGUCUGAGAGGCUGCAUCCCGGGGGCCCAUCAUCGAAUGUGCUACUUUGCCUUCUUCCAUAGCGUGAUGGCUUAUGGUAUUACACUGUGGGGUGGUGCCGCCGAGGUAAAAAGGAUAUUGCUGGUGCAGAAGAAGGCUAUACGAAUUUUAUGUGGGGCUGAUUAUCUGGCGAAUUGCAAGCCACUGUUUGUAAGGGAGCACAUUAUGACAGUCUUCAACCUCUACAUUUACAGGUCUGCCAUUGCAGCUUUUCGGGGACUUGUUGCCUUGCCUACCGACUUUCAUCGGCAUGACACCAGGAACAGGCACAGGCUGAACCUCCCUUACUGUAGAUUGGGGAGGACUCAAAACAGCUUGGCCUACCAGCCGGUGAGGAUCCUCAACAAGCUGCCCAUUUCCGCCAGAGGUUUGCCUGAGGUGGUCUUGAGGAGGAGAUUGAGGACGUUCCUGCAUGAAAAUCCCUUUUACUCUUUAAGGGAAUUUUUUGAAUGUGACACGGCAACUAAUGGAGUGCAAGAAUAUUCCGGCUAAGUUCCAUCGUGAAAGAGUUGGCGUUGCAUCUAGUGCAGAUGCUCCAUUCACCCAUAACAAGAUCGAAGCUUUGGCUUUUCCACUGAAAGUUAUGCUCAACGCUAGUGGAAGGGGAAUAAUUUUCAGUGAAAAGGCCACAGUCCGAAUUGAGACGUAACCGGAAAAACAUCGUGUAACGGUGUGCGAGCCUCGGUCCUCUGAAUGGGUCAAUUUCCCAUUCAGAGGGACAAAUUGACAAAUUUCAGUUAUCAUUGAACUGGUUUGUUGCCGCUUCAACGGAACUUGCUAUUAUACCACACAACCUAGAACAUCACCAUCUAGUGAUGUCAUCUCUUAAUCCAAUUUCCAUCACCAUCAUCAUAAACCAGGCUCCAUCACCAUCAUCAUAAACCAGGCUUCAUCAUAGAUUACUUCUGCUCAGACUUGGAUCACCAUGCUAUAAUAAGUCAAUUGAUAACAUAUCCGAUAUGUCAAUAAUCCUCAUUUUAUAGUAAACCCUUGAGAUUGAAGUGCUAGAUGAAUUACUUGAAAAGGUGACGGUCAACCCGAAUUUAUGUUUCUUGAAUUAUCUUUGUCCGGUUGUGAAUCACCCAGAAUUGUGCAUGGGUUUUUGCCAGAUCAAUGCGAAUGAAGUUUACCAUAAAAAUAUUUUAAGGGACGGUUUCCGAGCUCGGGAUUUAGCUAAGUUCUAGACUUUAAACAGCUGGAGUCAGAAAACUGGCUUUCUGAAAAACGGGGCCUCGUCGUAGUCCACGUUUAAAUUAAACUUCGAAAAACUAGAAAGUUGAACACAAAAUAAGAUAACGAGUAAAUUGUGUAAAGUCUCAGCUAUUUUAAUAAUUUAGGAAUGCUUCAUUCAGUCAAGAAAAGACGUUACCAACAUUUUAGAAAUGAGAAAAUAAAUAUCUUGAAAACCAUGACUACGCUCCAUUUCAGAAAGCCAAUUUUCUGACUCCAGCUGUUUAAAGUCUAGAACUAAGCUAAAUCUCGAGCUCGGAAGCCGGCCCUAUAAUUAUGUCUCCUAGUUGCUUUACUUUCAAGUGACUUAAACAUAAAUUUAUUCUAAUCAAUUUUUUUUAUACAGUGAUGAAAAAUCGAUCCAUACCGAUAUUUCCAUCAGUCAAUAAAUGAAAUUAAUAUUCAUGUAAUAGGAAAAAAGACUUACCACUUUUGUAUUAACUUAUUGUUAACAAUAUAGCUGACAAACAAGGCUCUCUGGGCCGCUUUUGGUAAAGUGAGGAAGUUGUUUUUCAAAUUGAUAAUUACAUUCUACUGGAAGCGGCUGGAGAGGUGUCUACACGAAGAAACUAUUAUUCUACACAUAUCAUAUAGUUAAGUUAGUUGAGUUGAAAAUGUAUUUAUACAGAGUAAGUCAUAAUGUAUGGGAACCCUUCAAUAAGUUGGAGACUGUUGUAGUUAUAAUACUGUAACUUUCAGGAUAAGUUAUUGGACGAAUACUCUACCUUUUGA